CUCCCUGGGCGCGGGCGAGUUGGUAAACAGGUUCAGACCGCGUGCUGGGCGCCAGCGCAGCGCGGGGAGGUACCGCGAAGGUGACCGUGGAUCCCAGAGUCCUGCAGCCGGCCCUGAAGGAUGGCUGCCAUGCUGGGGGAUGCCAUCAUGUUGAUCAAAGGCCUUGCCAAGCUGACCCAGGCGGCCCUGGAGACCCACCUGCAGCACUUGGGCCUCGGUGGGGAACUCCUCAUGGUGGCCAGGACCCUGCAGUCCACAGCCACGGAGCAGUUUGCUGUGGUCUUUGGGAGUGUGCAGGGUCAGGAAAGACAUGAAGAGCCUUAUGCUGAGAGCUUCGACGACCUGGAGGCAGAGCUCCACUUCUCGGGGCCACAGGCAGCGGGAGACGCUGCACAUUCCUCUGCUGCCUCCGACCCUGUAUCCCCACCACCCCUGGACCCGACUCACAGUGAGGGCCCGGCUCCUGCCUAUGCAGCCAGUGGACCUUUCAGGGAAGCCAGGCUCCCGGGCCGGGCCGCCUCACCUCUGGGCAUGGUGAACGGGAAGCUCUUUGCAGACCGCCGAGACCCAUACUCUGCCAUGGGCAUUCAGCGGAAGUUCUUCCACCAGGACCAGUCCCCCAUGGGGGGCCUCACGGCAGAGGACAUCGAGAAAGCCCGGCAGGCCAAGGCGCGCCCUGAGGGCAGCAAGCCCCACAAGCAGAUGCUCAGUGAGAGGGCUCGGGAGCGGAAGGUGCCAGUUACACGGAUCGGCCGCCUGGCCAACUUUGGAGGUCUGGCUGUGGGUCUGGGCUUUGGGGCGCUGGCCGAAGUCGCCAAGAAGAGCCUUCGCCCUGAUGAGCACACAGGGAAGAAGGCCGUGUUGGACUCCAGCCCCUUCCUGUCCGAGGCCAAUGCCGAGCGCAUUGUGAGGACGCUGUGCAAGGUCCGCGGGGCUGCGCUCAAGCUGGGCCAGAUGCUGAGCAUCCAGGAUGAUGCUUUCAUCAACCCCCAUCUGGCCAAGAUCUUCGAGCGUGUGAGGCAGAGUGCUGACUUCAUGCCGCUGAAGCAGAUGAUGAAAACCCUCAACAGUGACCUGGGCCCCAACUGGCGGGACAAGCUGGAGUACUUCGAGGAGCGGCCCUUCGCAGCCGCCUCCAUCGGGCAGGUGCACCUGGCUCGCUUGAAGGGAGGCCGCGAGGUGGCCAUGAAGAUCCAGUACCCCGGCGUGGCCCAGAGCAUCAGCAGUGACGUCAACAACCUCAUGGCUGUGCUGAACAUGAGCAACAUGCUCCCGGAAGGCCUGUUCCCUGAGCACCUGAUUGACGUGCUGCGGCGGGAGCUGGCCCUCGAGUGUGACUACCAGAGAGAGGCUGCCUGUGCCAAGAAGUUCAGAGAGCUGCUGAAGGACCACCCCUUCUUCUACGUGCCCGAGAUUGUGGACGAGCUCUGCAGCCCCCACGUGCUGACCACUGAGCUGGUGUCCGGCUUCCCUCUGGACCAGGCCGAGGGGCUGAGCCAGGAGAUUCGCAACGAGAUAUGCUACAACAUCCUGGUUCUUUGCCUGCGGGAGCUGUUCGAGUUCCAUUUCAUGCAGACAGACCCCAACUGGUCCAACUUCUUCUAUGACCCUCAGCUGCACAAGGUGGCCCUUCUUGACUUUGGGGCGACUCGGGAAUAUGACAGGUCCUUCACCGACCUCUACAUCCAGAUCAUCAGGGCCGCCGCUGACAGGGACCGGGAGACUGUGCUGAAGAAGUCCAUAGAGAUGAAAUUCCUCACUGGGUACGAGAUCAAGGCCAUGGAAGAUGCCCACUUGGAUGCCAUCCUCAUCCUGGGGGAGGCUUUCGCCUCAGAAGAGCCCUUUGAUUUUGGCACCCAGAGCACCACCGAGAAAAUCCACAACCUGAUUCCCAUCAUGCUGAAGCACCGCCUCGUCCCUCCGCCCGAGGAGACUUACUCCCUGCACCGCAAGAUGGGGGGCUCUUUCCUCAUCUGCUCCAAGCUGAAGGCCCGGUUCACCUGUAAAGCCAUGUUCGAGGAGGCCUACAGCAACUACUGCAAGAACCAGGCCGCGGGGCAGUAGCCCUGGGCCGCCACCUGGCCCCUGGUCACCGCCCAGGCCGGCCGUCGAGGCGCGCCGUCCGUCACGCGGGCGGAACAGUGGUGGGAAGAUGGCGGUGUUGAUGCGCCUUGAAACUCCUUUGCCCAGUGAGAGGGGGAGGAGAGGUUGCUGGGAGCCCCCAUAGCCAGCACUUUCACACGGUUUUUAUUGCUCAAAGGGUGUGGCAUGAGGAGUCCAAGAACGAGAAUGAAACCCCAACUUCUCUUGUCGAAAUGUAGGCAGUCUCCAGGUUACAGACGUCUGACCGUACUUCUAGAUGGAAAAAGGCUCUUUUCUUUUCUUUUUUGUAAUGGGUUUUUCUAAUGUGAAUGUUAACCAGGAGAUGAGAGAACACUCCCCUCUAAUCCCCCACCAAAAAAAAAAAAA